UAUAUUUAAAAUGAUUAUGCGCGUUCAAACACACAAACAAAUUCUUCAACUUUAUAAUAUUAGUAUAGAUAAAAAUGUUAAAACGGGUCAAAUUGUAAACUUUUAACUUAUAUUGUUUUGUGCUAUUUUGUUUUCCCGCCAUUUAACAAUAUUUAGAUCCGGUCACGUGACUGACAACACAACAACCAAUCGCUGAACAGCGAAUAACCAAUGGAAUAACCUUUCUAUCAAACAACCCACAGUUUUGAGAAAUGGCUGACGAUAAAGAAGCGGAAAAGACUAUCGCAGAAGACUUGGUUGUUACCAAGUAUAAACUCGCUGGACAAAUUGUGAAUCGUGUUUUGGAGCAAGUAAUAGCGAAAUGCGUCCCUGACGCCUCUGCUCGUGAAAUAUGCGAGUUUGGAGAUAAGUUAAUCUUGGAAGAGACUUCUAAGGUUUUCAAAAAAGAGAAGGAUUCUAAAAAGGGCAUAGCGUUUUCAACAUGUGUGUCUGUAAAUAACUGUAUUUGUCAUUUCUCACCUAUUCCAAGUGAGACAGAUUAUAUCUUGAAACAAGGAGAUUUGGCGAAGAUUGAUUUAGGUGCACACAUUGAUGGGUUCAUUGCUGUCGUCGCCCACACUGUAGCAGUGGGAGGUGGAGAGGUGACCGGACGUGCUGCGGAUGUGCUCCUAGCAGCCCACCAUGCUAGUGAAGCUGCAUUAAGACUAUUGAGACCUGGCAAUGAGAACACAGCUAUAACUGAAGUUGUCCAGAAAAUAAGUGCAGAAUAUGGAUGUAAACCCAUUGAGGGCAUGCUUUCUCAUCAACUAAAACAAUUUCGCAUUGAUGGUGAAAAAAGUAUUAUACAGAAUCCCUCUGAGGCGCAGCGUAAGGAACAUGAGAAAGCUACUUUAGAAACUUAUGAAGUUUAUGCUAUGGAUGUUCUCAUUUCAACUGGAGAAGGUGUUGGCCGUGAGAUGGAUACUAGGUGUACAAUAUACAAGAAAACGGAUGAAAUAUAUCAAUUAAAAUUGAAGGCUUCAAGAAUGUUCUAUAGUGAGGUUCGCAAUAAGCAUGGCAACAUGCCCUUCAACCUACGCAGUUUUGACAAGGAGACAAGUGCAAGGUUGGGUGUGGUGGAGUGUGUUAAUCAUAAACUUAUUGAGCCUUUCCAAGUGUUAUAUGAGCGUCCAGGAGAAGUUGUAGCGCAAUUCAAAUUCACAGCGCUGCUCUUACCAAGUGGCACACAUCGUAUUACUGGGCUGCCGUUUGACAAGAGUCAAUGCAAGAGUGAUCGUAGCAUCAAGGAUCCUGAACUAAAUUCUAUCCUCAACUCUUCUGCCAAGUCCAAUAAGAAGAAGAAAAAGAAAACUGGCACUGAAGAGCCCAUGGAAACUGAAACGGUUGCCUAGCAACAGGAAUACAGCAAAAUGGAUAAUUUCAAUAAAAUCGCCUUUUCUCAACUACCCUCUAAUAUAUAAAAAAUAUUUGAAACCAGAAAUAGUUAAUCUUUUAAUGCAAAAGGCUGCAUAUUUUAUAAAUGCAUUUUAUUGUUAUAAAACAGGACUAACAGAUUCAAAUGCAGCUUAUUGAAUACGUUACUAUUCCCGUUGGCACAAUUGAGUGAUAAAUUUAAUUAGUUACAAAUUUUACUAUGUACAAACUCUGAAUUAUUAGCCACAUAUGCGAUGCGGCAUUAAAAGUGCUGAUUAGUUUUAUAGUUGUAAAUAGUCAAGGUCUCAUAAUAAUUUGUAUUACUGACAAUGUCUACAGAAUAUUUCUAAUGAACCAUUGGCUUUAUAAUGUAAAUAACAAAAUAGCAGUUUUGAUGAGGACUGGAUUUUGUUGACAAGAACCAUUCCCUUUAGUUUGUUUAUUAUUGGACGAUGUAAUAUGCACAAAUUUUCAUAAUUGUUUUUAAAUACAAAAAUGAUAAGUAUCCUUUUUAAUUUGAUUUUACUUAUAUUAGGUUUCUUUAAUUGGUCAGUCGAUUGCACAAAUUCUAUUAUUUAAAAGUGACAUUAUUUUUUAACUGAAUGUAGUUUUGUUAUAUGCUGCUCUAAAGAAUAUAUGAUCAAAUUGACCCGUUUUUCCGAUUGUUGUAUUUGUGGAAGUUGACUAUACUAAGGUGUAACUACUAUGAAAAAUGUAAAGAUGUGACACUAAGCAAGGAAUAAAUCAAAUUGUGCCACAAACAGUGGGCUGUUUUGUAA